ACAACAACAGCAACAACAACAGCAGCACCAAUUGCUGAAUAUAAUCAAGCCAACACCAAGGAUUGUCACAAAGCCUGCGUCUCCAAUUCCUCCCCAGAUGCUGCAGCAACAGCAGCAGACAAUUACACCAAGGGUUAACUCCCCCGUCCCCUCAAGCCUACUGCAGGCACAGGCAUCCACUCCCCGGGGGGCACCUUCUCCUAUAAUGUUCAGCACUCAACCGCCCCCUCUCCUUACAGCACCUUCUCCCAUACAUGCCUCUCAGUCUCCCCAAGGAUUGGGUUCUCCCCAGUGUCGUUCUCCUGUGCCUCGUGUACCCUCCCCCCAGGAACUAAUAGCACAUACCCAGGCCAUCAUGCAGAAUGCUCUCAUUAAGAAGCAGUUGGAGGACCAGAAGGAGAGGUUUCUCAAGAAGCAACAUGACACGGGACGUGCUAAGUCACCAAAUCCGAUAAAUCUGAGAUCUCCUACAAGCAUUGCCCCCAUAUUCAACUUCCCAACUACGUCACAACCGGCAGCCACUCACAAGGCCCCAAUGAACACGUUUCUGCCGACAUCCGUCAUACGUAAAAUGGCAACCGAUAAAAUGGAUGAGAAAGACAAGGCAGCUAAACUGAACGAUAGUACUGCGAAUCCUCCUGGAUCGCCACAGCAAAAAGAUGGUGCCGCCAUGACAACAAAUGAAAAACAGCUCCAAUUGCUCCAGAACAUUCUCAUGAAUUCUCCUCAACAUCGUCCGAUCACUAACGCCCACUCCUCUCCCAAACACACACCGCCACAUUCCCUACCCCCUCAACAUAUCCAAAAUACACCCACUAUGGUGGUUAGCUCUCCCAAUGAGGCUGAUCCAGUCACCCCCCGUGCCCUCACUGGACAGAAGAACUAUCCCGUGCAGGUAGAUGUUGUGUCAUCCUCAGAGCAAAGUCCAGCUGGCAGACCUAUAAUAAAAGGAGCAAGUGAAACACCUCCCAACCCCCAAAGAACAAACAGUAGUGGAAGCUUAACAACCCCUGGCAGUGUCAACAUGACACCAGGUAGU